AAUAUUCUACCGGACUCCCUCGCUGCCCGUAUUCAUUGAUUAUUUUCCAUAUCAUAUCACCAACCAUGAAGCCAGGGCUGAGACUCCGCGUCCCCCUGCCCGUAGGCAACAACAUCACUCCUGCUGCUGCAACUGGCGCUAAGACCAACAACAUAUCCCGCCUCCAUCAAACUCUCUCUCUCCCUGACGGUCGCCGGUUGGGUUACGCAGAGUAUGGCUCUCCAACCGGCUACCCGAUACUCUACUUCCAUGGCUUCCCGUCGUCACGGCUGGAAGGCUGGGCUGUUGACGGAAUGGCCCGACGACGAGGUCUGCGCGUUAUUGCACCCGACCGGCCCGGAUACGGACUCUCCACGUUCCAGAAACAGCGGCGGAUCACGGACUGGCCCGCAGACGUCAAGUCCCUCGUGGACCAUCUCCGGAUCCCGCGCUUCGCUGUUCUGGGGGGCUCCGGUGGUGGGCCUUACGCCGUGGCUUGCGCGUAUGCUCUCCCGUACGAGAUGCUGUCCGCGGUGGGGAUUCUGGCUGGGGCUGGACCAUGGGCCGCGGGGAUGCGGUAUGUCUCGCGCACGCGGAGGAUGCUCUCAUGUGCGGCCACGAAUUCCCCGGCAGCCCUGAGGGUAUUCGUUGACGGUGUGGUUGGGGCUUCGCGAUGGUGUGCGACAAGCGGCCCAGUGACAAAAUGGCUGGAUGCCUGGCUUGAGAAACAGGAGAGCAGAGACGAAACCACGCUCUCGACUGAGGAGGAGCGGGAGAGGUUGCUGAAAACCUUGUUCGAGGCCUUUGCUCAAGGUGCGGGGGCGUCGGUCCAGGAAGCUGUUCUGCUAUCGCACGAUUGGGGGUUCCGAUUUGAAGACGUCCCGUACAACAGGAUCCAGAUCUGGCAUGGAGAAAAGGAUGCGAAUUCUCCGGUGGAGAUGACGCGGUAUCUGGCUGCUCGGCUGCCUCAUUGUAGCCUGCGCGAGUUUGCAGGUGAAACACAUUACACCCUGAUCAAACACCUAGAAGAGAUUCUUGGGGAGUUGGUCACGGAGGAAAUGAUUCAGCAGCACUCUGCGCUAUCAACAUGACCGAAAGGGAUUAAACCCAGCUUGCGCCCUAAUUCACAUCUCCACUCCGGAGCUAUGGUUGACUGUUUAUAUUAUAUUUUUAUGUAGAACUAUUAUACUUGGCUCAAGGGAUCCUCCCCGCUAACCCCAACGUUGGAAACGUGUUAUUACAAAUAGACGUAACAGAAUGGCCCAGCGGUAGUGUCCAGCAGUUGACGAAUAGUCUUAGGUUCGGUCAAGGUGCCAAAGUGCUGCAUAUCGUCAAGGGUGGUAUUUGGGGGGUUGUCGACGAGGCCCGCCAUGAUGGUAGGGCCGUCAACCACGAACGUGCGAUGUGCGGGAUCAAGGUUU